CACAUCACAGAGAGGACACUUAACCCUGAUUUGGACGGGUCAUUCUCCAGGAGCUGAGCAUUUGAAUUCAACAGGUGUAAUCGGACAAACCGAAAUCGCCCUCUGCCUUUUUCAUCACCAUUCAUCUGACCUCUUGUGCUAUUUUAGACCAUGGACACAGCUGCGGUGGUGACUCUUCUGGCUCUGGUUAUGGCAAUGGCUGGCGUCAGUCGUGCUCUUCACAUCCAAGGCAGUCUGGACAAAACUGACAUCCUGCCAGGCUCAGAGGAGAACAUGGCCGACCACUUGCUUGGGCUGGAGAGUGAAAACAUAGAUCACGGCAUUGAUGAUCGUCUGCUGACUGCUGUGCUGAGAGCUCUGCUGUUCGGAUCUCAGAGAGACACCAGGAACUCUGUCCUCCAUCAGCCACAGAGGUUUGGUCGUGGCUCCAGAGGGCAGGUAGUCUCGGAAGAUCAGAUACAUUCCCGCGACUGGGAGGCUGCCCCUGGUCAGAUCUGGAGUAUGGCUGUACCCCAGAGAUUUGGCAAGAAAUAAUCUGUCAUGAGACCUGGCAUAAGGCCAAGUAGAAGGCAACUGUGGAGAGACAAAAUUUGAAGCAUGUUUUUGGUUCAUUAGACUUUACUUGACACCCAGCAGUUAAGAUGACAUGAGCUUCAAUUUUUCUAGGUUUUUCUGACUUCCAACACUAAAAAGCAUGUUGAUGAGUGCCUAUUAAGGUUUUCUGAGCGAGCAGACCUCAUUUGUCUUGACUGGAAUGUUAUUUUGGACCAAAAGUGUUUGCUGUAAAUUGAUUGCUACAAGCUUUUUUUUUCUUCUGGUCUCUAGGCAAAUAAA